UACUAAAAUGCGCCUGACGGACUAUCUGACAUUCUGACUCAAUUUUACUGUACCGUGAUAUCAAACACUGCGAGUAACGGCGAUCCAAUCGAAAAUCUAUAUUCUAUGAAUAGCGACAACAAUCGCAUUCUUGAACGGAAGAGAAUAUGGCGACUGAGAGAUACGCUUCUCCCCCUGCCACCUCGGCUGAGGAAAACGCUAUGUUCCUUGAUAUAUUGCAUGAAGCUCCCCUAUUCGCUCACCGCAAGCCUGCAAGGGUUUUUGGCAGUGUUUUUUAUUGCAUGUUACUGGCAAGUUAUGCUACCUUGGCCAUAGGAACUGAGUGGAUUUUUCGCCCCAAGCAAGAAGUGAUCUCUCCAGUGCUUUGUAGUUGCGAUGUUCUUCUUUUGCUGUUAACAGGUAUCUUUCAACAAUAUCUAGUUUAUCAAGUGCAGAAGAUACGCUUACAGGGCUAUUAUAGUUUCAGCCAGAAGUUGAAAUUCAUUAUUCGCAUACCCUUUUCAAUUACAGCAUAUGGAACUGCUGCUAUGCUACUUGUUAUAGUCUGGAAACCUUACACCGGCUUUUUGUCAAUCCCUGCAAUAUUGAGGAUCAUUAUGGUGGCUGAAGCAGUAUGUGCUGGAUGUUUCAUGAGUCUUUACAUUGGUUACAUCCAUCAGUAUAAUUCAUUGAACUCCCAUCCUGAUGUUCUCAAGUCCUUAUACUCACCACUUCAACCAUCAAGUUCUUUGGAGGGUCUAAGGUACCAUGAUGGUAGACUCUCUGAUCAGCAAAUGGCUUUGCUACAAUAUCAGCGUGAGAAUCUACAUUUCUUGAGUGAGGAGGUUCUUCGGUUGCAAGAGUCCUUAAAGAAAUAUGAGCGAACUGAUGAUCGAAGCACACCACAGGUUGAUCUUGCCCAUCUAUUAGCAGCUCGUGACCAGGAAUUGCGGACACUUUCUGCAGAGAUGAACCAAGUGCAAUCUGAGUUAAGGCUUGCGCGGGCCGUGCUUGCUGAGAGGGAGUCAGAGAUCCAACAUGUUCGUACAACUAACAAUCAGUAUGUAGAAGAGAAUGAAAGACUCCGGGCUAUUUUAGCAGAAUGGAGCACUCGAGCUGCCAAGCUUGAACGAGCACUGGAGGCUGAGAGGAUGUCAAAUCUAGAGUUGCAAAGGAAGAUCUCCGCGCAAUGAAAUCAAUCACGUACCUCAGAAGAUGCAACUGAACAAGGAAUCUAAUUCAGUUGUCAUCCAAAUACACUAUAAAGUUCAGGCAGGUGUAACGAUUAAAAAUGUGGUCGACUUGUGCGUUCAGUACCGUCACUGUUGUGAGAAGAUCCAAUCAUUGUACAUAGUAGUCCAUAACGAUGUAGUUUGAUUAUGAGUUGCCGUUUUGAGCCAAUCCAUAUUUGUAUCAUUCAUUUAAGAAAAAACAAUUUUGUAUUUCC